AUGAGAUGUGGAGAAGCAACAUUUGAUUACCCUUCUCAUGCUUUUCACUAUUCGCCUCGCCCUGCUUCUACAGGUCCAUUGCAGAUAAAUGAUGAUAGAGUUCCUGAAUGGGAGUUACCCCGAGCAUAUCCAGUUGGUUACAGGACAAUUCAUCCUGAAUAUAUUCCAAGGCAUCCAUUACCUUCACAACCUACACAGACAUGCUACCUUCCGAAUACUCCAACUGAAUGGCGUAGAGAAUCUAAUCCAAGACCUCAAAAAUCCAUUAAAAAAGAGGACAUUUGUAUAUUAUUAAUGAAUAAAGUGGUUCUUUGCGUUGAAUCAGAAAAUCCUCCUCAAGCUACAGUUCAGGAACUUAUGGAAUUGAUCUUACAAGAUGAUCAAGAUUUAUCUUUACCAGCAAGUGCAAGAGAUGUUUUUUCUUUGUGGCUUGUUUCUCCAAUGCUAGAACUUCAACUUACAAAUUUUCAACGACCCUAUCAUACUCGGCAGCAAUGGAUGACUUUGCUUCUGAAAUACACAUCAGCUUCUACUAAGCAUUUAGAUAAAGAUGAACCAGAGUUAUACCUGAAGCGCAAUGUAUUUUAUGAAAAGCAAGAUGAAAUGAGGAUAUGUGACAUGAAAAUUUUGGAACUCCUAUAUGAAGAAGCCAAAUAUAAUGUCUUGAAGGGCCGAUAUCCGUGUGAAAUACAAGACUGUGAUGUUUUAGCUGGAAUUCAAGCUCGUUUGGAACUAGGGCCAUUCAACCCACAGAUUCAUACUGCUGAGUUUUUUAGGAGCAAAAUCAAUGAUUACUUGCCAAGUUAUGCUUGCAAAAGUCGUUGGUCAUUUUUGAACAUUAGCACUAAGCCUGGCCCGGAGCAUCGACUUUUAGAUCGUUACAAAAGCAUAUCUGUAACUACCACUAGAUAUAAACUUCUUAGAAAGUAUAUGGAAUUCUGUUGGUCUCUACCUUAUUAUGGAUCUGCAUUUUUUCAUGGCCAAAUUGAAAAACCUACAAAUGGUAUAGCAAGUUUAAUAGAUCAUCAUGACAAGAAGGUUUUAGUGGGAAUCAACAGAGAAGGCAUUCAUAUCAUGGAUGAAUCUGAUAAAUGCCUUCUAUUAAGCAUGAAAUUCAGAAAUUUAUCAUGGGAUUAUUCUGCUGCUUUUAAACCAGAAAAUCCCGACUGUCUUCCUUGUUUGUUUGUUCAGUUCAAAAUUCCUGGACAAAGAAUCAGAGACUCUAAAUUAAUUCAAAUUUUUUCUCAUCAGGCUAAUAUGAUGGAUAAAUUAAUAUCAAAGUUUGUGGAAGAGCUGAAACAACGUCCAUCAUGGUGUGAAGAUCAAGUGGAUAAUUUCAUAUCUGUACCACACGAGGAAGAUGAUGUUCUUCCUGUAACAACAAGACACUUAUCUUCAGAUGCAUAUUUGACAGAAAAACUCAAAAGGCUGUCUCUAACUACAUUGAAUGAAUCAGGUAAACCUGUUUGUGUAUCCAGGUCAUGGUCAUGUCGCAAAUAGAUGCCAUUUCACUUGCGUGAAAUAUUCAAGUAUACAUUAGUAUUAGUACAUUAUUAACAUUCCAAAGCAACUUCUCUCACAUGAAGAUUUAUAUUGAUGGACACCAUAUUUUCAUUAAUUACUUUGAUACAAAAGAAUAACAUGGAUGUUAUAUCUGCCAUGGUCACAAAGUCCUUCAAGUUUCCAUUUCAAAUCAAUACUUCUAGGGGAUUGAUUUAGAACAUCUACUGAAUCAGUUCUUAGUCUGGAUACUAAUAAAAAACAGAGCUGUCUGCAAAGCUUCAUCCGACCAAUUAAGCCAUGUGUUACAAUGAAAAAUAUAAUGGGGUACAACAUUUUCAUUUGCAUCCAAUGACUGAAAAUGAUAAGAGGCUUUUAAUAACAUUGGGCAUUGUAUGGCUUCUUAGAAGAAACACUCAAUGUUAUUAAAUUUGAAGGAUCUAGCAUAGGUGGUGUACUUUUUGUUUGACAAUACCUGAAAAUGACUAUUCAUCAACACUUUUACCAGUAAAUAUGUAUCUAAACUAUGAUCUUUCCUGAGACUGCGUUUGGGGCGCUGAGCCACAAUGAGUGGGAGAUGAGGUGAUAGGUGUCAUAACGUAAACUCUUCUCCAACAAUAGCAAUCCAGCUAUUAAUUUUAAAAAAUCUUACAGUUCCUCAAUGUUCAUUUACAUUGUAUUUGUACAGAGAUUAAAGACUGAAUCUGGGUGUAAUGUUGAUAGCAGAGAAAUGCAUGUAUUAAUUCAAAGUCUCUCUGUAUUACAAUAUAAAAGGUAUUGCUUUGCAUCUAAUUCUCUUUAUAAUAAACCAUUAAAAUGGUGUGACCAUCUAUUGUUUUCCUUUCGUUUGAAAAGUAUUAUUGAGGAUUAAAUUACAGCCCUUAAGUUAGGGCUAAGGCAGAACUACAUGCAAUAUACCAACAGCCUAGGUUUGACAUCCUGAAACUGCAGUUUUGUCCUUGUUAUUGACUCAUCCGCCUGGAAUAGACAAUAACUGAGCUGAAGGCAGAUGUCAUCUUUUUUAAGCUGAGAGUGCCAACAAACUGGUAGCUAAAAUAAAUUUAUUCACUAGCAAAGUCCCCUGCAAUGGUACAGUUCAAAUUGUCAUUUGAAGACAAAGCUUGGAUAUUAAGCAGUAAGUUAUUGCUCUUAAGCCAGGGAGGAUAAGGCAGAACUACAUGCAAUAUGCUGACCGUCUGCAUUCACGUAAACGUCCUGGAUUCAUGUUCCUGUGACCUGAAUGUCCUGUUCCUGAAAUUUGGACAGAAGGAGAAAUAAUAAUCUUCUGGGCUAAACAUGACACAAUGUCAAAUAAAGUUGUAUUGUUACAGCUUGUUAUUCUUAUUAUAUCUUGGAUCAUUUUUUUCACAUCACAGUGUACGAAAUCAUGGAAAAAUGAAUAUGUGCUUUACUGUUCUAUUCUUUGCAUUGAGAUUUCCAAGGUGUCUUUUUGUGCUUGAUAGAUGAUGCUCUACAACUUUGUAAAUCACUUUUUUACUCUAUCUCAAACCGGAUUUGUGGUAGAAAUUCUUACUCUGCAGUGUUCCACCAGGUGAUGCUGUGAGCCGUCUUAUUUGGUAGUGCAUAUCUGAUUUACUAUACCUAGAUGCAACGUAUAUUAAGAUAGUUGCAGCCAUUCCAAAAUUAAGAGGGUGACAAGGGACUUUUAGUGGACACAUUGUGUAUGAGGCAGUGAGAAGCAAAGAAAUUUAAGUGGACAUUUUCAAGAUCUGAGUAAAACACUUUGUACUAGGUAGGCUUUCAUUGACAUUUUUUUCUAAAUCAUGCUGUAUAGCAGCACCUACCUAGUAUUAUCUCGGGAUCCAAGACAGAGGAGAAAUUCACUUACCAAUUGUACUGGUUAUCUACAAAUUUUUAAUUUUGCCACUUAAUCCCUUUGCUUCACACUGCCUCUUAUGUAUUAUCAAUUUGAUUUUUGUUUAAAACUAAAUUAGUGAUUAUUUUGAGAUACUUAUUUUUGUUAAUAUUUUAUUUGACACCAUGACUUAAUGCAUUUUUUGCAAGCAAAAAAAAAAAAAAAAAAAAAAAAAAACACACUACAAACAUUAUAAAAUAUUAAAUUAAACUUUUUAUGUAUUAAAUAAUGAAUGGCUCAUUGUAAUUUUGCAGAAGAUUUUUUUAAAGAUUGUGUUGCAGCCAAAAUGCUGAAAAUUAACUUUACAAAUGGAAGUUCUUGUUGUACCUAUUUAGUUUUCUAACUCAUCAUAGCAUUUAUUUACUCCAUUUCUCGUCAUUAGCAUAUAUUGUUCCUGAACUUGCUAAAACUUUGCUAAAAGUCUUUCUUGUAAUGAAGGUGAUUUUCAGGGGAGAAAAAUUAAGUUCCAGUGCCAUUGUUUCACCCAUAUACACUAGGCUCCCCUGUAAAUUUUCCACCAUAAGGUAUUUAUUAUAAUUAUGUUAACAUAGAGCAAUAUCUUUUUGUGCUAAAAUUCUGUAAUUUCAAUAUCUGAAGUAGUUGAAGCGAACCUUUCUGAGCAUUUAUUUCUUUUUAACUCUGUUGUAAAUAUUUAGUAACUUUUGUGUAAAAUUUUUGAAACAACUUGUAUUAAAGAAAUAUAAAUCGAAUUACUUUUCUUUUCUUGUUAUUUUUUGAUGUAUAUACCAAUUCAUAAAGGGAUUUUUACAAAAUAAAUACAUUUGAAAAA